AUGCUACGUCCAGUGAGAAAGGUUUCCAGAAUAAAAGGUGGUAAUGUUUUUGAGCAGCUUAGAAAACAGCGACGUCUUCUUUCAUUAGCUCCGGCCAAACUUUCAGAAGAUUCCUUGGAUGAACUUACAGCAGACUUCACCAAAUCACAAAUUCACAAUCAUCAUUCACGACAUGAAAACUCUUUGCCACCACUAAUAUCAAGGUCUGAUCUUAAUGCUAGAUUUGGUCCCGGGUAUUAUCAUAAUGCACGUCUCGAGACCUUGAAGUACCUUUUUUUGAAGAAGUUCAUAAUCACCCUAGUGGGAGAACUGAAACUUGUAGGAGUGGCUAAAGGGUCGAGCGAUACUCUUGAACUGGUGGAUAUUGUAUUACUACUAUUCAAAGCCCUAGGCUCUACAAUCUUGGAAAUGCAGCCCAGUCUUGAUCUGUUGAUUCAAGAACUUAUACAAAUUACCAACCCCAACGGCAUGGGCUGGAAGGUCAAGAAGGGUACUAUUACCAACGAAGAUAGAAAGAAAAUAAAGAAAAAAUUGCUGACAAUUUUGGAAAGUUUAGAACCUCAAGUUUAUGGAAAAUUGUUUUCUAAAAUCGAUAGAAACUUCAUGAGCAGAAACUCGUUUCGUUUUCCAAGUUUGGACAUGAUUGAAGGCGAGAAAUUUUUCAUUACUAGCUAUUCAUCGCCAGAGAGCACUACACAGGCCCUUAAAAAGCCAUUCAAAAAAUUUCAAUUAGAAAGAGAUAUAAUCAGAAAGGAAGUUUUAAAGCAAAAAGAAGUAGAUAAUGUGGAAGAGACUGUUGAAUACCAAUUUGCCAUGCUCGGUGCCAAAAAGAGGUUGGCACAAAACAUUAUCAAAGUCUUGAUUCACCCAGCCUAUCAUUUCAGUGAAAUCCAUCUAUUGUUUCUUCUAUCACAUUUCAAUGCCUUAGGGUUGCAUCAAUAUGGAGAAUGUAUUUUCGAAGUUUGUACCCUGAAACAUCACGUACAGGUUUCUGAUUCAUUGUUCAAAGAACUAUUAAUUCAUACCCGCAAAUCGGGAAAUCUGUCAUGGUUUUUGAAGUUAGUUAAAUCUAUCAUAUGUCCUUUACAUGACCGGGACGCUCAUUCGUUCAGGAGAUUGGUGGAAAAUAAUAAUCUUUACAUUAACUACGUCCAUACGUAUGAGGUUGACUCCAAAAAUGCCAACGGUAACUCUUCAUUCAAAACUCAGUUCAAGAGCCAAGAGUUACUACCUCCGAUCAAAGAUAUUCGCGCGAUAAUAUCUCGGUGGAAAGGAUUAUGGGGUCAGGAAGUCAAUAAUAGACCCAGAUUCUUUAGUGAUCGCUUUAAGCCACAAUAUUUUAGAAUAUUAACUGAAGAUGGGGAUACAUCGGAAGUUAUGGUUCAAAAAGUCCCAGAAUAUGGUUAUGCAACUACGAUAUCCGCUGACACUAUUCUUGCGGCUAUCCAAGGGUGUGAAUUCUUCAGGCAUCAUGACUUAGUUGACGUUUUAACUUACAAGCUCAUGUUGGAUUCUGCUCUUUUGGCAUAUGUUCCUGGAGGGGAUUCUACACUCCGCAUCAAUGUUUCGCCGCAGAGGUUUCCGAAAAAAUAUUUGGCGGGCAACAACUUGCUGAUGCAAGAUCAUGAUUUGCAAUCCAUUUUUCCAAUCUCAUUAAUCCAUUCUCACCUUAGAAAGGUGGAAACUACUCAAGAUCGCCGGCAAUUGAAAUGGUUGUUGAAUUUAGUGGAAGUGAUGCAUCUUUCUCCUUUGGCGAUGAAGGUAUCUAAUAAAAUAAGCAAGCUCAUGUAUAAUGAUCGGAAAAGAUUUGAUAAAAUCUAUGACAAAUUUUUUGAUAUUGAUGAGAUAAUCAAAUUUGAGAUGUCCAAGCAGUUAAAAAUUAAUGGGAAGUUUAAUGAUGAAUUGGAAUCUCGAAAACUUAAAGUGAUCAAUUCUCUUGAGCAACCACAGGACUCCGAAGACCCAGAUUAUUUACAAAUCGAUGACUCUACAGGCAAAUUGCCUAAAUUGGAUGACAAGGCUCUUAGAUUCUUGUACCAAGUUUGUUUCAAGUUAAAGCAUUACAAAGGAAUCGAGAAGUUGGAAUCCAAAUACAAAGUUGAUUUUGACAGAUUGUUUUCUGACGACGAGUACCGUGCUUCCACCAAGGCUAUCAUCGAUAAAGAGCUUCGCGAAAGCAACUUUCGCGAAGCUAAUGAUCAGUGGAAGCACCUGCGAGGGAAGCUCCUGAUCCGGGCGUUGUUCAUGGACUGA